AUGGUUCUGAAGUUCUUCUCCUCUGGUCGUGUUAGUGGAGGGACCGGCCUUGUUGCGCUGGUUCUUGCAGAAAAGCGCAUCCCCUUCCAACACAUCCAUGUCGAUCUCAGCCGGCAAGGGCAAAAGAGCCCCGAGCACCUUGCAAGACAGCCAUUCGGGCAGGUCCCCGUCAUCGACGACGACGGUUUCGUCCUUUACGAAUCACGCGCAAUCUGCCGUUAUCUAGCAGAGAAAUACCCAGAACACGGGCCCAAUUUGCUUCCAGGACCGACCAUCCGGGAAAGGGCGCUGUUUGAGCAGGCUGCAUCUGUCGAGUUUGCAGACUUCCACAUCUUCGUCGUGCGGCUUGCUGGAGAAACAGUGGGGAAAGCACUACGCGGACUCCCUAUCGACCCCAUUGCGCUUUCGCCGCUGUUGGCGCAACUCGGCGCCAAGUUGGACGUGUAUGAGCGGAUUCUGUCGAGACAAGCUUACAUCGCAGGCAACGAGCUCUCGCUCGUCGACCUCUUCCACCUCAACACAAUGCCCAUUAUCAUCGACACUUCAGGCCUGGACAUCAUGUCCAACCCUGCUCGACCGAAUGUGGCGCGAUGGUGGGAAUCAUUGACGACACGGCCAGCGUGGAUUGGCUUACGGAGAGAUGGAAUCCGUGGCACUGUUCCCUAA